GGGCUCCUCCCUAUCGGAGCAGAGCUGUCCAGGACCUCCAGUGCUGAAUGUCUGCUGACCAGAGAAACGCGCUCACAGUUGGAAACACUAAAAAGAAAAACGAUUUCAUUUUUCAGAUACCAAAAGAGGAUUAAAAACGUUUCUGACAUGGAGUCCAACAACGGCCUGCUAGGAGGAACUACCUACCAAAAAUACUUUUCUAGAUCGGUGUAAGGAUAUUUCUUACAGCUGGCCAGCCGCGCUGGAGCGGGAAGCAUGGCCAAGAUCUGUACGGACCAAACCUAUUCAACGAGGCUACGGCCGUCCAACCGUGCGGCAGACGAUGACCUCACAGUCGUCGAAAAUGGCGACAGCAGGGCUCCCUCUCUCUGUGAGGACGGCUCCGAGGCGUCCGGGCCGACCGCCUGCCGAAGUCCCAACACCCACCGAGACUCCUUUACCGGCGUCGGCGCCAUGGCCAGGAUGCAGGUGGAGGAGGAGCGACCAGACUCCUUCCUGGAGCGGUUCAGGGGACCCGAGCUGCAGGACGUCCCCAGUAGGGAGAGCAAUGCCCAGGCCCUGGGUCUCCAGGACAGCCUGCGCAAAAGGAGUAAGUGGCCAUUGGCUGCUUACAAUAUGAAUAACUGCAACAAUACAGAUGACAAGAAAGAUGACAAGAAAGAUGAGAUAAAGAAAGAUGAGAAAAAGGAGGAAGACAAGAAAGAAGAGGAAAAGAAAGAUGAAAAGAAAGACGAGAAGAAAGACGAGAAGGAUGAGAAGAAGGAUGAGAAGAAAGACGAGAAAAAAGAUGAGAAAAAGGAUGCUAAAAAGGAUGAAAAAAAGAAAGAGGAGCCGCCGAAAGAGAUCUGGAUCAUGGAUCCAGCAACAGACAAGUACUACCGCUGGCUCACUGUCAUCGCUCUCCCUGUGUUCUACAACCUCAUGAUGCUCAUCACAAGAGCCUGUUUCAAUGAACUCCAGGACACCUACACAAGGCUCUGGAUAUUCCUCGACUACACGUCCGACAUCAUCUACUACACCGACUCGUUCGUGAGAUCGAGAACAGGUUACCUGGAACAAGGCCUUCUCGUGAAAGACUCCAAGAAACUGAGGGAUAAAUACAAGACAACGUCCCAGUUCAAAUACGACAUGAUCUCCAUGAUACCGACUGACCUUCUGUUUUUACGGCUGGGCUUCAACAAUCCAGAGUUACGGCUGAACCGCCUGUGCAAAAUGCCCCGACUUUUGGAGUUCUUUGAGCGCACAGAGACCCGGACAAGCUUCCCUAACAUGUUCCGCAUCAGCAACCUCGUGCUUCAGAUCCUGGUCAUCAUCCACUGGAACGCGUGCGGCUUCUACGCCAUCUCCAAGACGAUCGGCUUUGGCACAGACACCUGGGUGUACCCCAACAUUAGCCACCCCGAGUACGGCCGCCUGGCCAGGAAGUACAUCUACUGCCUGUACUGGUCCACGCUGACCCUCACCACCAUCGGAGAGACCCCGCCGCCGGUCCAGGAUGUGGAAUACCUCUUUGUGAUCGCCGACUUCCUCACGGGCGUGCUGAUCUUCGCUAGUAUCGUGGGAAACGUCGGCUCCAUGAUUUCCAACAUGAACGCGUCGCGAGCCGACUUCCAGGCCAAGAUCGACUCCAUCAAGCAGUACAUGCAGUUCCGCAAGGUCUCCAAGGACCUGGAGGCCAGGGUGAUAAAGUGGUUCGACUACCUUUGGACAGAGAAGAAGACGUGCGACGAGAAGGAGGUUUUGAAGAACCUCCCGGACAAGCUCAAGGCCGAGAUCGCCAUCAACGUCCACUUGGACACGCUGAAGAAGGUGCGCAUCUUCCAGGACUGCGAGGCGGGUCUCUUGAUCGAGCUGGUGCUGAAGCUGCAGCCGCAGGUUUUCAGCCCUGGGGACUACAUCUGUAAGAAGGGCGACAUUGGCAGGGAGAUGUACAUCAUAAAGGAGGGCAAGCUGGCCGUGGUGGCGGAUGACGGGGUCACGCAGUUUGUGGUGCUGAGUGACGGCGCGUACUUUGGGGAGAUCAGUAUUUUGGGGAUCAAGGGCAGUAAGGCUGGGAACAGGAGAACCGCAAACAUCCGCAGCGUGGGCUACUCGGAUCUCUUCGCCCUGACCAAGGACGACAUGAUGGAGGCCCUGACCGAGUACCCGGACGCAAAGAAGGCCCUGGAGGAGAAGGGCAAGGCCAUCCUGAUGAAGGACAACCUGAUCGACGAGGCCAUUGCCAACGCCGGUGCAGACCCCAAAGACCUGGAGGAGAAGGUGGACAAGCUGGAGGGGAACCUGGACCUCAUGCAGACCAAGUUCGCCAAGAUCAUGGCCGAGUUCACGUCCACCCAGGCCAAGAUGAAGCAGCGGGUGACCGACAUGGAGUCCAAAGUGAAAUCCGUCCAGCCGCAAGACCUGCUGGAAGUGGUGGCGGACCAGGACAAAAAGGUCCAGUAGUAGCGACCUUUGUGGAAGUCAGAAAGGUCAAUAAAACGCCCGAUGCUUCAGCGCCACCCACCAUGGAACCCUACAGGAAGAACAUGACAGAAAGACUUUAUAGCCGUUCUGUUUACAAAUCAUUGUAUAUUAUUAUUAUUUAUUAUCAUUACUUGUUGUUCUCCAUUAUGAGUGUCAAAACUGGGAACGUAAUAUGCAAUGCAUACACUCUUUUGGUGUAAGACAUGGCUGACAUGUUUAACUGUUUUUAUUCAAAAGAUUUCUGAAACGUUAUUCAGCCAUUCUGUCCAUGGAUCAAAUGGAAGCAAUAGAGAAAUGGUAUAUUAUUGUAAUGUUAUUAUUAAAUUAUUAUUAUUCAUAAUAAUUUCCUAUGCCAAGCCUCAGUAUUACACAGAAUAUAUUUCAGACCCUCAGUUUGGUUACAAGGAGAUAACUAGGACUAUGAAAGAAUAGUGCUACGAAGGCUGAGCACUAUGGUAGCAGAGGUGAACCUAAAGGGUGAUGGGGUUGUCGAUUCGAACCCUAGUGUGGUGGUUUCAUUAUGUACUCCCAGAUAUGUUGGGUAGUACUCUGUACUCAGUGUGCACAAACAGGGAAACUGAAAACCUCUGUUUGAUUUUAAUCUGAACUGUAAAUACCACAGAACAAUUGAAUGUGAAACCAAUAACUAUUCUGAUUUAGGAAUGUUCAUGACAUUGAAAAUAUGUCAUUAAACAUAAUAAAUGUGA